AUGCGCCGAUCUCGGAAACAAGGCAAUCGCCUGGCACCAUUCUGGACCAUCGCCUUGGUUGCCCUCGUCCUGGGUGCCCACCAUGGCGCUUCAACAGAGACCGUCCUCCUGUGGGACAGCCGCGACGACAGUGUGGGUGGUGGCGCCAGCUUUUUUCUGUCGAACGCCAAGGACGACCCCGUCGGCUGCCAGCCUCAGCUUGACACCUUCACCUCUUACAACGACUCCCCCGCUUUGCCCCCGACCGAACCUUGCGGUAUGCUGGCCCCCGCCCUUCUUGACCCCGUCCCCUACUUUGACGAUCCAGCCAGCUUUCUCUUCUUUGCUGGCCGCUCUCGUGAAAGCAACAAGCGCUCGGUGACCCUCCCUCCCGAUCUUGCCGCCGGCGUCGUAUCCCUCGACAUCAUCCUGCGCAUGGAUAGCACCAACUGGAUGAGCCUCGGUGGUUCGUGUGAUCAAAACAUUCGAGCCCUCCUCACCGUUGGUCGUGAUUCCCUCCGCGACAAACAAGCCGGCCUCGUGGUGUCGGGUGAUGGCGCCUGCUGGGACAAAAUCGCAAGCUCCGGUUUUGGCUCCGACGUGGCCCUCGCCGUUAGCACCCGCCCCCUCGCCGCCCCCAACACCACGGAAAUGGCUUUGACCCUGCACUGGGCCCUCGAUCUAACCGACCUCUCAACCCUCGACUUUCGCAUCGGCGGCUCCGUCACACUUGCGGAAAACAGCUCCAUCGCCAUGGGCAACCUUCGCUUGUACGGCUGCUUCAACGCCGACAAAGAGGCCUGCGGCGAUGCGCUCCCGUUGAGUGUGCCCGUGCCCAUCACCACUACCACCACUUCAUCCACCUCGACAACCACCACGACAACCACCACCACGACCUCGACCACCUCGACAACCACAACGACAACCACCACAACAACCUCGACCACCUCGACCACCUCGACCACCACCACCAGCACCACAUCAACCUCAAGCACCGUAUCAACAACCAGCACGUCGCUGGCCACGUCCACACCCCGACGCUUCGCUAGCCCCCCGACCGCUCCAUCGUCCAUGGCCUCCUCUUCCAAAAAAACGGACCUUGGUUUGAUGCUCAUUGCCCAUCGACGGCGGCGCGCUGAGCGCCGGACCAACCCCUCUUAUACCCCAGACGUACCCGAUGAAUACCUAUGCCAAAACCCGCUGUACGGUCAGCAGCACGGGCCAGAGCCAGAUCCCGACGUCCUGCCCCCCGACUAUGGCGUGGCCAGAGAUAUCGGACCUACAUCCUCAAAACCUCGUCCUGCAGGCUACAACCAAGCCACGCUCACCCUCCCGCCCGGACCUGACAUUGGCAACUAUGAAGCCAUGCCCUGCGACGGUCCUGCCUUUGCAACCCACGACACGAUCGGCCCCGGUUCCGCCGCGAGCCCCCACGUUGUGGUGCACGGCGACAUGGGUCGGCAGGAAGCCGAGUCUUUGCUGGUGCAAGAGGGACGCCCGGAUGGACAUGCCUUCUUGCUACGACGGCGGCCGGACGGCUCCCUUGCCAUGACCGUGGCACAUGCCGGGCGCCCUCGCCACCAUCUGCUUCGGUGGAGCCCGGACGAUCAAGGCUGGUUCGUCAACGACACUCUAGUCGCGCCCUGCGCCAGACUCGACCAACUCAUAGCUCGCCUUCAGCAAGCCGGCGCCACGGGCGGCUUGGCGUACAAUCUCGGUCCCAGGCUGGAGCGAGAUACAACCGUCUAGCGUGGUUUUUGUUUUCUCUUUGUGCGUUUGUUUGGGAAGCGUUGUGCGCUUGUGAUCGAAUUUAUCAGGAGUAUC